UAUAUGAUGGAAGAACUUUUUCAAAUCGUGCACCAACACGUUUUUCGUUUGAUUUUGCUAUACGAUCACCAAUAAUUGAUGGUUUAAUUUUAUUAUAUGGACGUAAUACAAUACCAAUAAAUGAUUUUUUUUGGACAGCAAUUGAAAUUUAUCAAUCAAGAUUAAGAUUUCAUUUUCGUGAUACAAUACUUGAUGCAACAAAUACAGUACUUAAUGCAUCAACAUGGUAUCAUGUUGAAUAUCAAUAUGUUGAUUCAACAAUUCUUGUUUCAAUAAAUGAUUGUCAAUAUGUAACAACAGUUAAUGAUACGUUAAAUACAUAUGAUUUAUCAAAUGUUCAAUUAUAUCUCGGUGGUUUACCAGUUACUGGUUCAUUAAUAUCUGGUCUUUAUCCAUCAUUAACACAAGUCAAUACAUUUAGUGGUUGUAUAAGAAAUGUUUUAUCAAAUGGUUAUUAUCUUGAUAUGAGUAAAGCAUUAGUAUCAGCAAAUUCUUAUUAUGGUCAAAGUUCGUGUACAUUGACAAAUCUAUAUACAACACCAUCAACAUUAAUAACAAUAACAACAACGCUAACAACAACAGCUGGAUGUAGUGCCCAUUUCACGACAUUUCGAUUUAUUUGGAAUGUGAAAAAAUCAUUUUAA